CUACUGAAUGGGAGGACGUUUGAUUUUUAACAACUCUUUUGCUCUUCAUGCAUUGCUGCAAAUGGCCAGACAUCCUUUUCGAACAUGGAGAGUAGCUUAAAAUUGAUUUAACUGAACGUUAAUAUUAAUCUGCCACCCAGGGGAAUAAAACAGACGAGGACGGAUUAUUAUUAUUAUUAUUAUUAUUAUUAUUAUUAUUAGUUAUCUAAAUGCAAUAUCACUUUUCCCCCCCUGACAGUAUUACAUGUACAUAGUUUUGGGACAAGAAGAUACACUGCAUUGGGAAAGAUGUCCAUGAACAGCGGCGUAUUGAACACUUGAGUCAUUCUGUGUGGACAUCCACAGAGUAGCGCGUCAUUCCCACGAAUGUUUUGACGUGCUUUCUUCACAGCGGCUGCGCAGUUUUAAUUUGAACGGGGUGAAUUGUCGUUUUUGUGAAAUAUAAUGACUAUGCCAGUCCCGGAGAGACACUCGGGCUCGCAGGAGAAGGAGGAGGAGGAGAGCGAGGAUGAGAGUGAGAUUGUGGAGGAGAGUCCGUGCGGUCGAUGGCAGAAGAGAAAGGAACAGGUGAGUCAGGGGAAUGUUCCUGGAGUGGAGAGAGCCUCUCUGGCCAUGGACACUGAAGAGGGUGUAGAGGUGGUGUGGAACGAAGUUCUCUUCCUUGACAAGAAGGUCUUCAAGACAGUGGAGGACAAAAUGAAGGAGAUGUUUGAGAAUCUGAUGCAGGUUGACCAUCCCAACAUUGUGAAAUUUCACAAAUACUGGCUGGACAUUGGAGAUAACCACGCUCGGGUUGUGUUCAUCACAGAGUACAUGUCCUCUGGCAGCCUGAAACAGUUCCUUAAGAAGACCAAGAAAAACCACAAGACCAUGAAUGUCAAGGCAUGGAAACGCUGGUGCACACAGAUUCUGUCUGCCCUAAGUUACCUUCACUCCUGUGAUCCUCCAGUAAUUCACGGCAACCUCACCUGUGACACCAUCUUCAUUCAGCAUAACGGCCUCAUUAAAAUUGGAUCAGUUUGGCACCGACUCUUUGUGAAUGUGUUCCCAGAGGGCGGCGUCCAUGGCAAGAUACACCAACAUCGAGAUGAUAAGAGAAACUUACACUUCUUCUCUCCAGAGUAUGGCUCAUGCGAGGAUGACUAUGCCAUUGACAUCUUUUCCUUUGGGAUUUGUGCUUUGGAGAUGGCUGUGUUGGAGAUCCAAGCCAAUGGGGAUUCUGUUGUGUCUAAGGAGGCUAUAACCAAUGCUGGACAAUCACUGGAGGACCCACUCAUGAGGGAGUUUACCCAGUCAUGUGUGCGUCAUAACCCCAGACUCCGCCCAACUGCACAUGACCUGCUGUUUCAUCGCGUGUUGUUUGAAGUGCAUUCGCUGAAACUGCUCGCAGCACACUGCCUCAUCAACAACCAAUACAUGCUCCCAGAGAACUGUGUAGAGGAGAAGACCAAAUCAUUCGACCCAAACGGCAUCAUGGCAGAGAUAAUUCACAAAGAUCGUCCUUGCGUUCAGCUCAAGUACUCUCAUGUCUCCCCUCUAGAGCUGGACAAGUUCUUAGAGGAUGUAAAAAAUGGCAUCUAUCCGCUGAUGAACUUUGCCUCUACUCGACCACAUCCCGUGCCCCGCGCCCUAUCCAUGUCCCAAGAACAGGUGGAGACAGUGAAGACGCCCACCCCUGAACCCCAAGAGGCAGAAACCCGGAAGGUGGUACAGAUGCACUGUAACCUGGAUUUUAAUGAAGAAACGACUAAAACUCAUCUCACCUUGUUCUUAAAGCUAGAUGAUAAACUCCACCGACAGCUCAGCUGUGAUAUUAUGCCAACUGAUAGUUCCAGAGAUUUGGUCAAUGAACUUAUCCAUUAUGCCUUCAUCAGUGAGGAGGAUGGUGACAAGAUGGUGGCGUUCUUGGACGACGCCUUGAACCGCCACCAUGGGCCUGCUAGUGCCAUAACGACAGUAUGAACGACAGUGGUCUGUAGCCAUGGCGAUGGACAUUUACAAGCCCAAGGAACCCAAGAGGGAGGCCCGCAAAUAGAAUGGAAAAGAAGGAUCCAGUUUGUCAGCCAGUAUAAUAGAUAAUGAAUGCAACCUGUGGUUAAAAAAAAAAAAAGAGAGAAAGAGAGCUGACAGAUAAUGACACUGGCUUUUGUGAUCAGGUUAGUUGGGCACUAGGAAUGCCAGUCUUAGAUGGAUAUACUAACCUCCCGGAGUCCCUGUCCAGCACCUCCAGGCAUUUUUGGAGGAACUGUCCUUCCCACAAACCCAUGAAGUGCUCAGGGGCAAGUUGGCAACAUAACAACUUUUCCCCGCUCUAUUGAAGAGAGUUGCGUGUGGUAUAGGAGGUGCAUGCUGUGGAAAGUUUUAUAGAUGAUAUAUGUAAAACAAAAUGUAGAUAAAGCAACUUUGCUAAUAUUGCCAGUCUUUGCUUUGCAGCUUAAACACUAUUCUACUAAAAAACGUUAAUUACGCCAGAAAAAUACUCAAUAUACGCAAAUAUACAGACACCCAUGAGAGUGCUUGUACAUACGCAACAUUUGUUCUUGCGUUACUGUGGCAGUCACAAACUUCAGUCCUUAAGGGGGUGAUAGAGUUCCCUUCUCAGUGCAAGUAAACUGGAUGUCUUGUUAUUUUCCAGGUAGCUAGCUAUGACUGUCGACAGUUUAAUUAAAUUUAAUUUGCUCAGCAACAUUCUCUUCAAACUGUAAGAAGCUGCAUUUGGAUGAAUUGCAUUCUGACAUGUUUCAGAACGCAGUGAUGUGUGAAAUCAAGCAAGAAGCAUUUGCAGUAUGUGCCUAAGAGAAAAUGCACUACUGAAGUAUGGUAAAAAAUUAUUUUAAAAUGGGAAUAGACUGAAAGGUCUAUUAGGAUGCACUCCAAAUAAACCUGUACUAGAUGACUUACAAAAGAUUGCUUUAUCUGAUGUAGUUUGUCAAUUAAAAGAAUAUACGUUUUGUAGUUUUCUCCGCAACAUAUUGUCCUCUUGUCGGCUAUCACGAGAAUGUCUUAAUAUGCAGCUGGAGUGUUUUACAUGGAGUAAAUGUACAGGAAUGUAUUGCCUUAUUUAAACGUUGCUGUUCACUGGUGUAACAUAAGAUUAAACAGGCAUAAUUUAAAUGAAUGAUUCAUUUUAUACAGAAUCACAAGUGUGACAAACCAGCUAACCAAACCAAUGGAACGGAUGCUGUGUGACUACAUGGUUUUUGGUAAUGACUUUUGUGGAAUGCAUUAAGACCUACAUUUCUGUGGGAAACUAUACACUUUGUCAUGAGCAUUUCAUUAAGUAUGAAUAAAGGUAAAUAUACCUCUUCAAAUAAUGUUUGAUUUCAAAACAUGA